CUCGUCCAGAAACAGCCUCGCGCUUCGUGAUAAGGGGGUCAUUAACUCGAUCCUCUUCUCCUCGUAACUCUGACCACGCCGGAAAUCUUCACCGACCUCAUCGGGAAAUGGUUUUGCUCCCAAACGAGUGAACAGAAAGCCGACAUGGGCGGAGAGAAAAGCUUCCAAGAACCCGAGCAAGAUCCGAGGACACCCGCCGGAGAACCAGGUCUCCGGCGAGCCAUAGAACUCGUAGCCUCUCUGGUUUCUCUCUCCCACUCGAUCAGAGUCUUCGCCGUAAAAUGGCAAUCCAUUCGCAACAAGCUCGAGGAGCUCCUCUCCGGCCUCACCGCCGCCGGAAUUUGCGAUUAUGGCCAUGACCCAUCUCUUUCCAGCGCCGUUUCAAACGUAUUAGACACCGUCUGUGAGUGCUAUGACCUCGCCCGGCGGUGCGUCGACCUCUCGUACAGCGGUAAACUGUUGAUGCAAAGCGAUUUGGAUAUAAUCGGCGCAAAAUUCGAUACCCAUAUCAAGAAACUGUCAGAAAUCCACGGCGCCGGAUUGAUGAGAAACAGCUACGCCAUUGUUGUUUCGAAACCGGUAUUGCCGGCCUCUCGAGAAGACAUGAAAUUCUACUUGAACGACUUGUGUACAAGGCUCAAGAUUGGAGGAACCGAAAUGAAGAGACAAGCCUUGUCAGCCUUCAAUGAAGUGAUUAUUGAGGACGAGAAGUACGUCAACAUUGCUGUGGAGAUUGGCAGUUUAAUCGGCCUGUUGGUGAACUUUCUUGAUUCUCAAGAAACUCAGCUUCAAGAAGAGGCUGCCAAGGCGGUCUCCGUAAUUGCAGGAUUUGGUUCUUACAAGAGCGUAUUGGUUGACGCCGGCGUCGUUGCGCCUUUGAUUAGAGUCUGGGAGAGAGGAACUCAAAUCGGUAAAGAAAAUUCGGCCAAAUGUUUGCGAAAAUUAACAGAAAACUCGGAUAAUGCUUGGUCAGUUUCGGCUCAUGGCGGAGUCACGGCUCUGUUAAAGAUUUGUUCUAGUUGUAAUUCUAAUGGCGAAUUGGUCGGUUUGGCUUGUGGCGUGUUGAAGAAUCUUGUCGGGGUCGAAGAAAUCAAGAGAUUCAUGAUCGAAGAAGGAGCGAUUUCGGCCUUCGUUCGGCUUUUGAGGUCCAAAGACGAAGUUUCACUGAUAAAUUCGAUUGAUUUGCUUCAAGCAAUGGCCUUUAGGGAUGAAACAAUCAGGAAAAUGAUUGUUAAAGAAGAAGGGAUUCGUCUACUGGUUCGUGUUCUUGAACCGAGAUCAUCUUUCUCGUCCAAAGCUCGCGAGACGGCCUUAAGGGCAAUUGUGAGCCUCUGUUUCUCAUCGACAAGCAGCUUGAACAUCUUGAUGAAUCUUGGGUUUUUGGGACAUUUACUCUAUUUUCUUCGCCACGGCGAGGUUUCAGUCCAAGAAUUGGCGUUGAAAGUCGCCUUUCGGCUCUGUACCACGUCGGAAGACGCCAAGAAAGCAAUGGGCGACGCCGGCUUUAUGCCGGAACUCGUCAAAUUGCUCGACGCAAAGUCGUUUGAAGUCCGUGAAAUGGCGGCCGAGGCUCUCUCCAGCAUGGUUUCAAUCCCCAGAAACCGAAAACGUUUCGUUCAAAACGAUCAAAAUCUUGGCUCGCUCCUCCAAUUUAUUCGCCCGGAAGAGGGAAAUUCUGGCACCGGUAAGUUCUUGUUAUCCGUAUUGAUGUCUCUAACGAGCUGCAACAGUGCGAGAAAGAAAAUUUUGCAUUCUGGGUACAUGAAAAACAUCGAAAAACUUGCGGAGGCUGAGGUUUCAGAUGCUAAAAAGAUUGUCAGGAAGCUGUCUUCAAACCGAUUCCGCAGCAUGUUGAGUGGAAUCUGGCAUUCUUGAAAGUAAAAAUUAUAUUCUUGGUCCUGUAUAUCUACAUAAUUCUUUCCAAGUUUCAUGAAACCCUCCAUGGUCAGACCUUACAGUAUGCUACUUUACUUCGCUGUGCUUGUUAAUUAGCUUGUAAUCAUAAACGUAGAUGUUAAUAAAAUGCCCAUUUUUACC